AUGGAGCACAUCCGACUUCCAAAGGUGGAGAAGGUCAGGCUGUUGGAUAAAGUAUUCACAAAAAGGAGCAGGAUGGGCACCCUUUAUUUGACGGCCACCCACACCAUCUUUGUUGAGAGUGAAGGUGGAAUACGCAAUGAAACAUGGGUGCUCCACAGUUUGGUUUUCAGUGUGGAGAAACAAGUGACAACACCAUUGGGGUGUCCUCUGGUAAUACACUGCAAAAACUUCCAGGUUCUUCAUUUUGUCAUCCCUCAAGAGCGGGACUGCCAUGAUGUUUAUGUGUCCCUGCAGAGGCUCUCCCAGCCAGAGAGAUAUGAGGAACUGUACUGCUUUUCCUAUAAACCAGGCUUUGAUGAAAAGGAGCGACAGCAAGAAUGGGAUUUCUUGGACCUCAGGUCUGAAUAUAGCAGAAUGGGCAUCCCAAACUCCCUGUGGAAACUCUCCUUGAUAAACCGGCAUUACAAGGUGAGUGACACUUACCCUGCUGAACUUUUUGUACCUGCGUCAACAACUACGUCAGUCAUCACAGGAAGCGCCAAAUUCAGGAGCAGGGGAAGAUUUCCUGCUCUUUCAUACUACUCCAAAGAAAAUCAUGCGGCCAUCUGUCGUAGCAGUCAACCUCUGUCAGGCUUCAGCGCUCGUUGCCUAGAGGAUGAGCAGAUGCUGGAGGCCAUACUGAGGUCCAAUCCCCGCAGUGACUUCAUGUAUGUGGUGGAUACCAGACCCAAGUUAAAUGCGAUGGCAAAUAGAGCAGCGGGAAAAGGCUACGAAAAUGAGGACAACUACUCUGACAUUAAAUUCCGGUUCGUUGCGAUUGAGAACAUUCAUGUGAUGAGGAGCAGCCAACAAAAAAUGCUGGAAGUGUGUGAGCUGCGUUCCCCUUCUAUGUCUGACUUCCUGGAUGGCCUGGAGAGCUCAGGCUGGCUGAAACACAUCAAAGCUGUUUUGGAUGCUGGCGUCUUCAUUGCCAAGGCUAUUGCAGUAGAGGGCGUCAGCGUCCUGGUUCACUGUUCAGAUGGUUGGGACCGUACUGCUCAGGUUUGCUCUGUGGCCAGCGUGCUGUUGGAUCCAUACUACCGGACAAUCAAAGGACUAAUGGUUCUCAUCAAGAAAGACUGGGUGUCAUUCGGCCAUAAGUUUUCUCACAGAUGCAACCACCUAGAUGGAGACCCCAAAGAAGAGUCCCCUGUAAUCGAUCAGUUCUUGGAGUGUGUUUGGCAAUUGAUGGAGCAGUUUCCCUGCGCGUUUGAAUACAAUGAGCGGUUUCUGAUUACGAUUCACAGCCACAUUUACUCCUGCCAGUAUGGCAAUUUUAUAGGCAACAGCCAGCGGGAAAGGACAGAACUCAGACUGCACGACAGGACCCAUUCUCUGUGGUAUUAUCUAUGGUCAAACCGGGCAGAUUACAGUAACCCCUUGUACAGACCAAACCAUAGCCAGACACAAGGACUCCUUCGGCCAUCUACCGCCCCCUGUUGGUUCAAAUUUUGGGGGGGAUUGUAUAACCGGUUUGACCGUGGGAUGCAUCCUCGUCAGUCUGUAGAGGAUUAUCUUCGCGCCAUUCAAGAGGAAACGGAACAGUUGGAGGGGCUGCUUGCCUCUCAUAAACAGAAAAUUUCUAAACUGGAGGAGAAGAAGGUGUGGAACGGCACCUCAAAAGCCACCUUUGAUAAGAGCCCCACAGCUUGGGUUCUUGGUAAUGAUCUUGGCCUGGCGAACACCCCUCAAGACUACACAUCAGGUUUCCUUACCAGCAGCCCUUGUCAGCUAAAGCCACCAUGCAGCAGCCUGACCUUCUCCCCCCAAGAAUUCAACAAAACAAAUGACUUUAGUUACUCCAACGGCAGUGAUCGAGAGUCUGGGAUCGCAGACCUCAGCUCUCGUUCACCUUUUAGUGAGGAGAGCACCAGAGAUCAAGACUCUGACGAUACUGCCUAA